GUAUACGUAUUUGACAGGAGAGAUAAAGAUGCACCUGAUGUUAAAAUACCCACAGGAGGCUUAUUUACCUUUGAGGAUUUCAAAGAUAGGGUUAGAGAGGCUUUGCAGAUCAAGAAGAAAGAUAACUUUGUUAUUGCCACAACAAACAGAGAGGAAAUUAAAGAUGAUGAAACCUGGGAUGAUAUAGAUAAUGGAGACACUCUCUAUGUUCUAAAGAAAAUUAACCAAGAGCUGUGUGCCCCAGCAAAUGAAAGAGUUAAUUUUGUGCCACAUUAUGACACCAUCGUGAAAGGAGGACUUUAUGAAUACUACGCAUCAGAAGGACAGAAUCCACUACCAUAUGCCUUUGCUGAGUUGAUUGAUAACGCAUUAUCAGCAACAGCAGAAAAUACUGGACCAAGAAACAUUGACAUUUUAUUGCAUUUUGAUGACGGGAAGCCAUCAAAUAAUGCCAUAUUUAUCAUUGAUAACGGAAAAGGGAUGACACCAAGACAGCUGAACAACUGGGCUAUUUAUCGACUCUCUAAAUUCAAACGCAAAGAUAAAAGAGGGAAAGUGAGCUUUAUUGAGGGGGAGGAUGAUGAUGAAGAAGUAGAACAGAAACAGGCCCCCCUGUGUCUGAAUAGUGACAUCUCGUACUUUGGUGUGGGAGGAAAGCAGGCUGUGUUCUUCAUAGGAAAUUCCACAAGGAUGAUGACAAAGGCUAUGGAUUCUCAAGAUAUUCAUGAGCUGACAAUGUCAAAAGAGGAGUUCAAACAGAAAGAGAUCAACAAGGAGUCCGUGUACAGCGGCUUCAUCAGGAAUAGGAAGGUAGGGGACUCAUCUCACAUACCACAAGAAAAUGAAAUCCUGCAGAACAUCAUUAAAGAUGAAAAGAAAAAACAGAGUUUUACUGUUGUUGAAAUAGGUGGUAUCAACCCUAGUCAUGUUUUGUAUCUCAGACAUCAUAUUGCUGACUGGACAAGACAACUUGCGCAUAUUUACCAUUACUACAUCCAUGGUCCUGAGGGAAAUCGUGAUCUAGAGGAUGACAUGGACAGACCCAACACUCCCUUUAACAACAUCAAUAUCAGGGUAAAGCUGAAUGUAAAAGGAAAGCCAGCAACAGAAAUCAACUUGCGAGACAUACACGACGACAUGCAGUCUCUGUACGUCAGAAACUCGGCCAGUCAGUUCUUCUUUAAGGCCACGACAGAGGGAGAGGGAGUGGUAGAGGGAAUUAUCCGUUAUCAUCCAUUUCUGUAUGACAGUGAAACAUAUCCAUCGGAUGUUAAUGAUCCAAGAGUAGAAACAGAGUUUGAUGAACAUGAUUAUGCUGUCAGCACCAGACCAGCGAGGGGAAGACGCCCUAUAUUUGAAUGCUAUUGGAAUGGUAGACUUAUCCCAUACACCAGUAUAGAAGAAUUUGAUUGGUGUUCUGAACCAAAGAAGAGCCGGACCAUUGCAGCAGAAUGCUGGAAUAGAAUAUCUGGUGUGCUGUUCACAAAUGACCAUUUCCAGGUCAGCACUAAUAAGCUGACCUUUCUUGACCUGGAAAUGAGGUUACGGGAUAAAAGCUCUAUAUUCAGUAGGGUAGUCAAUGGACAGGAAAAGCGUACAUCAAUUGAGAGGGAGUUCUUAAACUGGUUAAAAGACUGUCAUGAACAGUACGACAAACAGAUCCAUUUUACUGGGUAUGCAGGUCAAGUGGUGAGAACAGACCUUCCCAAGCAGAGGCAAACCCCAUGGAGCCGGUACAAAAGUGUGGUGUGGGACAACAAGACAUUCAAAGUGGGGCAGAUGGUGAAGAUACUGAGAACUACCCCUGUACUGCUUGGCACCAUUAAGAAUUUCUAUCUGUAUGGAGAGCAUGAAGAGGACACUUUUGCUACAGGUGGUGAGAUUGAGAUCCAACAGGAGCCACAGUCUCUGUAUAACGAGGUCAGGGUGGUGCCGCUGUCUAGACUGGACAGACUAUGUGGUCCCACCUCCGUCAAGCGCUACUUAGAGGAGGAGGAGUCCAAAUUGCCUGACUCAUUGAUUGUAACCUGGCCUGAAGGUGAUAUUGUCAAACCAAAUGAAAAAAGACCAGCAGGAAAAACCAUUGGACCGCCCAAGGUUUUGAAUGUGAAACCAGAGGAGAAAAUCACCAUAGAGAAUGGUACAGCACCGGUGUUCAGGGUGGAAGUGUUGGACUUGUCUGGCAAUAUUACCACCGACAAAAAUCUUGUAGUUACCUGUAAG